UGAAGGAGGGCGGCCUGCCGACGAUCCCGGUGCUGCGAGUGAGGCGACGCUGCAGAGGAGCAGAGGAGGCGAGGAAAGAGACCGGUUCGGAGUCUACAAAGAAAGAGGGACAGAAGCCGUCCGUCUGGGGGACAUCUCUGUGUACAGGAGCACCGAUAAGCAUCAACAUGCACCGAAUAACGGGACAAGCAGGAGGGGACAGUUUAAUUGAGAUGAGCCCGACGGACUCGUUCAAUGAUGAUAUGAAUGUCUACGACCAACGUGCCUCAUCCAGCACAGGAUCCCUCCAGCAAGGACAACCACCGAUUGACAAACAACAACACAGUAAAGACUCCGUCUUCUUCCGUGAUGGAGUGCGUAUGAUUGAUUUUGUCCUGUCCUAUGUUGAAGAUAAAGAUGGUGAGAGAAAACAGGAGAGGAGGAGGCUGUAUGAGGCCAAUCUAGUGAAUGUUGGCCUGGAGCUGGAGACAGAAGAUAAAUCAGAGUCAGACGAUGGAAAGACUUAUUUUGUGAAGAUCCAUGCUCCAUGGGAAGUGUUGGCCACCUACGCAGAUGUGCUGAAGGUUAAGGUCCCAUUCAAGACCAACGACAUCCCAGACAACAGCGAGAUGCCGAUGAACUGGCUGUCCACCCCUUUCCGUCUGCCGGAGCACAUCAUGCACCCCCAGCCAGACUAUUUCACAGCUCCCUUUGACAAGAGCAAGUCUGACUUCUUCCUUAUUGACAACAAAGAUACGUUCUUCUCGCCUUCUACGCGCAACAGGAUAGUCUACUACAUCCUGUCCCGCUGUUCGUACUUCAGGGAUGAAUGUGGAGAUAAAGACAAGAAGGGGAUCAAGAGGUUACUCAACAAUGGCACCUACACUGCUUCCUUCCCCCUGCAUGAUUCUAGAUACUGGACAAGAUCGAAGGAUGCUAACUGCGAAAGUGACAGAUACAGUCUCCACAAACACUGGGCCAGAUUCUUCUGUUUCUUCAAGGAGCAGCCCCUCAAUCUUAUAAGGAAGUAUUAUGGGGAGAAGAUAGGUAUUUAUUUUGCAUGGCUGGGCUUCUACACUGAGAUGCUGUUGUUUGCUGCAAUAGUUGGGACGAUUUGUUUCAUCUAUGGAAUCCUCACUUACGACGAGAACGAGUGGAGUAAAGAAAUCUGUAGUGAGGAGGUUGGCGGGAAUAUUGUCAUGUGCCCGUUGUGUGACAAGAAAUGUGGCUUCUGGAAACUCAACACAACAUGCAACUCCUCAUGGCAAUCUCAUAUGUUUGACAAUGUGGGGACGGUGUUUUUCGCCAUAUUUAUGGGGAUUUGGGUGACGCUGUUUCUGGAGUUCUGGAAAAGGCGGCAGGCUCGUCUUGAGUACGAAUGGGAUCUGGUCGACUUCGAGGAGGAACAACAGCAGCUUCAGCUUCGGCCAGAGUAUGAAACCAAGUGCACCGGCCGCAAGCUGAACCGCAUCACUCAGGAAAUGGAGCCAUACUUACCCAUAACAAGCAAGUGUGCACGCACAUUUCUGUCUGGAGCCACCGUCCUGUUAUGGAUCUCAUUGAUCAUUGCCUGCAUCAUCGGUGUGAUUGCGUACCGCCUGGCGGUAUACGCAGCCUUCGCCAGCAUCAUGAAGGACAGCGCCACCACCCACAUACAGGUGGUCGGCCCCUACAUCACGCCACAGCUGGCCACUUCUGUCACAGCCUCCUGCAUCAACUUUGUCAUCAUCAUGAUCCUCAACCUCAUGUAUGAGAGAGUGGCUGUUUGGAUCACUGACAUGGAGAUUCCCAAGACCCAUCUGGAGUAUGAGAACAAACUGGUGGUGAAGAUGUUCCUCUUCCAGUUUGUAAACUACUACUCCUCCUGCUUCUAUGUGGCUUUCUUUAAGGGCAAGUUUGUCGGCUAUCCUGGAAAGUAUGCGUAUAUGUUUGGCAGCACACUAAGGAAUGAAGAGUGUGACCCUGGUGGCUGUUUGAUUGAGUUGACCACCCAGCUGGUGAUAGUGAUGACUGGUAAACAGGUGUGGGGCAACAUCCAGGAGGCUCUGGUCCCGUGGCUGAUGAACUGGUGGGGCAGCAGGAAGGCACGAAACCACCCAGAGAGUCUGUACAGCCGCUGGGAGCAGGACCACGACCUGCAGAGCUUUGGAAACCUGGGCCUCUUCUACGAGUACCUGGAAAUGGUUAUCCAGUUUGGUUUCAUCACACUGUUCGUCGCCUCCUUUCCUCUGGCACCCCUGCUGGCACUCAUCAACAACAUCAUUGAGGUUAGAGUGGAUGCCUGGAAGCUCACCACUCAAUUCAGACGUCCUGUGGCAGCAAAGGCUCACAGCAUCGGAGCCUGGCAGGAAAUCCUCAAUGGGAUGGCCGUACUCUCUGUGGUCACAAAUGCGUUCAUUGUGGCCUUCACCUCUGAUAUGAUCCCGCGGCUUGUGUACAUGUACGCUUACCAGCCAGACGGUGAAAUGAAUAUGAAAGGCUACAUAAACAACAGCCUGUCUGUGUUUAACAUCUCUGCGAUCCCACUGGCCAGCAAGCCUGACGAUGGGGAGAGCCCUUCCUGGUACAACAGCUCCAUCACUACCUGCAGGUACCGUGAUUACCGCUACGCUUCUGGCCAUGAGAAGGAGUACUCCCACACGAUGCAGUUCUGGCAUAUUCUGGCUGCCAAGUUGGCUUUCAUCAUUAUUGUGGAGCAUGUUGUGUUCGUGGUCAAGUUCUUUGUGGCCUGGAUGAUUCCUGAUGUUCCCUCUGACGUGAGGGCUCGUGUAAAGAGAGAGCGCUACCUGGUCCAGGAGUAUCUCCAUAACUACGAAGUGGAGAAACUGAAGAUCCAACUCAGCCAAAACGGCCACACUGAUUGUUCCUGCACGCCCAUGAUCUAUCCGUCUAUACCCAAACAUGAGGUGCUGUCAGAGUGUCUCUAGCCCAGCGAGCUGCUACUCAAUCAGCUGGACAGGAAUGGAAGACAUGUUGGUGUAGAUUUCCCUGCUUGUGUAUUAUCAUACUGACCACCACUUUGCUCUAGUGCCUGUGUUGUUUGUUCAGUACACACACACACACACACACACACACACAUUUAUUUAACUUUCAUUAAGGAGCUGGUGUUUCCUUAAUUCACAGCCAUCCGUCUUCUAUUAAUCUGCUGAUAGUGAAAGUGCACACCUUAGUGCAUGCUGAAAAACAUGUAAUAUGUAUGGUUUUUCACUCAAUGUUGUAUCCAAAGUGCUGAUGAUAAUCAACAUUUGCUGUAAGCUCAGAGAAAGAAAAUCGUAUACACUGUGUCUAAGUCAGACAAUUUACUCUUAUUAUAAUUGAAGUCUAUUUAUUUAAGUGCCACUAUGAGUAACCAAAGACUUGAUGCCUUACUACAUCACACACGUAUCAUUGGUUCCAUCUUCCAUAACAAUUGGUAUCAUUUAGAAACUGAAAGCUUGCUUUUUAUGAGGUUUUAAAUGUUUCCCUUUACUGUAAGUUUAUGUUUAAUUAUAUUUGUAUUUGUUUUGUUAUAAUUACUGCAAAAUAAAAUUGUUUUUUUGUAUUUAGAUUAUAGCACAAGUGCAAAAACAAUUUUACCAAAUUAUAUUCUUCACCUCACUGGCAGUUAAUAGGCGGGUUGCAUUACGCUUUGAUCUCAUAACAGCCCAGCAGUUUCUCGAGGCUAAAGUCUGUGAAGUAGCUCUUUAUGGAGACAAAUCUGUGCAGCUGUUAGUGUGAGUCGGGCAGAUUUUGUCCGGCAAUGGCCAGUUGAGCAGCAGCAGGUGGAACAUGACUGUUGACAGUGAGUGAAGGGAUCCCUUUUUAAUGUGCUUCUGUUUACCAACACGUCGGCGCUAAUGAAAGCCUGCCCCUACCUACUGAACUAUGUUUGCUCUAUCACACAAAGCACAUCCAGUUCUUGUGCUUGUCUUCCUUAGCUGUGUCUGUGUACUGAAAGAAAGAAAAACAUUCUCAUUUUUUUUAUUUUGCACAAAGCACUUAAUGAUACGUAACUACCAAGACAUAAACACAUGCGUUUAAUUGUUGUCAUGGCACUACAUAUUCAAAUUCUGUGUUUUUAAACAGCAAAGUAUGUUCAUUUAAAUGGAACAUGAGUUGUACCGUCUGAAUUAGAUAUUUAUAUCGAGCUUAAAUGACAACAAGGAGAAAGAUGUAGCUUUUUGUUUUGAAAUUAUAUGAAGGACAUUUUUUUGUUUAUUUGGCAGCCUACAUCGAAAUAUGUGAAACAAAUCUGUUGUUGAAGUAUUUUAAUGUUAUGUUUAAUAGCUGGCCUGCUGUGCUACAAACUCAGGCAACUAAAUCUGAGAUGUGUGUAGAUGUGACCACACCUGGAUCAAUGUUGGACUGAUCCAGUUUGCCUUGUCAUGCUCUGGGCUCAGCUGAACUCUGCCUGUUGAUGCCUUAAUACAUCUAAUAACUUGUAUUUUCUAUUUUAUUUCCUUGUAUCUUAUGUCUUCUUCUUAUGCUCCAGUAAUAAUAUUUCAUUUUAUACCAAUAAUGUGCUUGGAAAAAAGGUGAACCCGUAUGCUUAAAAUGAAAAUGUUAUGUUUUAAUCCAUUUGUUUUCUGUAAACAAUUUGUAUUGUUUCUGUAUCCAAAUGUGUAUGGUAAACAAAGACAAAUCUCCUAAAUAAAGUACCAGUUCAUCUUGAG